CAUGGCGUCUCACCAGCAAACCAGGAUCCAAGCCUACCUGGAGAAAAAUAAGAUCGGUCCUCUCUUCGAGGAGUUGAUGACCAAGCUGAUAACAGAGACACCUGACCAGCCAAUCCCAUUUUUAAUUGAUCAUCUUCAGUCUAAACAAGGGAACCGUGGUCAGCUUCAGAGAACACUGUCUGGCUCUGCCGCCCUUUGGGCAGAGAGUGAAGCAUCAGAAAAUAAAGGAACAAGGAGAGAUUUCAGAAGUUAUGAUAAGCCUUGGCAGGUAAAUGCAAAGAAGCCUAAAAAGUCAAAGAGUGACCUUGCCGUAUCCAAUAUCUCUCCACCGUCACCGGAGUCCAAGUCAUUGCCAAGGUCAAUAGAGCAUCCUAAGUGGGAUUGGAGGACAAAACCGGAGAACCAUGAUUUUGAUGAGCUAAAUCAUAUUCUUCAAGAGAGCAAAAAACUUGGAAAAGCCCUUGAGAAUCUUUCUCGCAGUAUUGCUAUUUCUGAUGAACUUGAUAAGGAGACAACAGGUUUUAAUACCCCCCUUCUCAGACCUCGUGUGAUUGGAGAAUGGAUUGGUCGCGAAGAGAAUGAUGCUGAUCCCCUGGCUGCUGAGAUGCUGCAGCCACCAGUUCCAAGAAAUAAAAAUGAGCAGUGGGACAGUGAAGACAGCAGCAGUCCUGGUGGAAGCUUAAAAAUGGAGCCAAAGACCAAAGGACUAAAACAGCAACAGCAGCAACAUAAGAAACUGCUGGCUGCCAUGCUUUCUCAAGACUCCUUUGAUUCUGCCCACAGCACAGCUCCAUCCGUAACUGAAGAAGAUAUUGACAAUGAAGAUGAUGCAAUGGAACUGCUGGAGGAUCUUGAUGACCUAAGAAUGGAAGGAGUAACAAGUCUGAUGUCUUCUGGGAGCAAAUUCAAUCAAAGUAGAAGUGCUCAUCCUGCUGAACCGCAAGCAAAGGUCACAUUGAAUAUCUGUGCAAGAUGUGCCAGAUUGCAAGGAGAUAAUAUGGCAGAAAGGCCAGAAGAUGUCUCCAUGGUAUCUCAAACUUCAGAGCCAGCUAUGUCAGACUCUGAUGCUCAGGUACCUGGGAUUGAAACACUUAUGGAAGAUAUUGAUGAAUUGGAGAGUGCCUCUCAAGUGACAGCAUCUUCUCAGCCGGUUUGGACUAUGGAUGCCAUGGGUGUCAGAUCUGGUGGUUCCCCAAGACAGAAACUCUUAAAGGACUCCUUAGCAGCAAAAGAACUUCAGACCAUGGAAAAGCACCUAGCUGAUAUUGAAAAGGACCUAGCGCUGUGGGAAGAAGCAAGGCUCUCAAGAAGCCCUAGCAUCCAGCAUCACAGUUUAGGUACAUCUGAUCCUCAAGGCAAUCUUCAAGCUACACAGGGCCAAAAUCCGAGGCCAACUCAAAUGGGAAAAAACAUUCAGCUCCAAGGAAACAAAUCGCCACCACUGCCCACUAAUAGCCGAGCACAGGCCUCAGGUGUUACAAACAGCAGGCCUCCGACAGCUGGCGUGCAAACCAACAGGCCAUCGACUCCAUCAACGCCGGGGAGCAGACCUGUGACCCCAAACAGCUUGCUGUCACGGCCGCUCACUCCUAGCAGUCAAGGAAAUAAGGAAAGCAUCAUCAGUUUGCAUAGAAGUAGAUCUUUGACGUCAAAGAGCCAAAUGGGGAGGACCCUCAGCGCUGCUUCAGGGCUCUCUGUGCAAAUGAGUGGAGAUGUUGUCACUGUCACUGCUCAAAGAAGCAGUUUGUCAGAAGAUGAAUUCUUACAACAGCUUCAGCUUGCUCAUCAGCCUUGGAUGUUGCCGAGUGAUACAGAAAGUGAAGGAGUGGAAGCUGACCAAGACAAAUGUUUGUGAAAUCAGUGGGAUUGCUGAAGAGCAAUUUAAUAAAAACAAAAGUACGUUGAUCAAAACUACACCUGAACACUUGCUUUAGUUUAUACAUAAUAAUUUUAAAUGAAGUUAUUUUUCUAGUAUCAGCAGUACAUAAGGGGAGCCACUCCGAUACGUGGAUGCUGUAAUGCACUGAAUCAGAAUGCUUACUGUGGUACAGUGGCCUUAGGAAAGAAGGGUUGCUGUCACCAUUUAGUAUAAAGUUACUCUAAUGUUUUUGUUUAGUUUUACGCUGUGCUAUUUUGGAUUGACAUUUGAUAAACUAAACUCUGCCUGACCAAAAUAAACUUUGCCUAGAGACUGUAUGUAUUUUAACUUGUCUGAGGUUUUCUACUCCUUAUAUUUUUGUAAGCUUUGCUCUUUUUUAGAUUAACAGACAUGAAAGUAUUUUUCACCCACAUCUGCCAGUCUGUCCCAUUCAGAUCUC